AGGAUUUUGCUGGUUAGCUGGAAAAUGAAACUGUUCCCCCAGACGAAUGGCCGUUUAAGGCUAUAUCGCUAGCUUAGCAGCAGCUACCCUUCACUCUUUAAUACGAUUAGCGGACGCCGCGGGGUGACUCGGCUCCUGUCAGAUAAUACUCACCUACAUGUGUCGCUCGCUGUCGGGAUUUGUUUUGCUACCUAGCUCGUUAGCUGUCGGCUAGUCGGCUAGCUAGCAGGCUCUGUCGCCGCUAAUAGUGCUAACUUAAAAAAAAAAACACUACUGUCAAGUCGGAGUAACGUCCGGCUGCUAGCGUAAAUCAGAUGACCACCAAGCAGUUCAUUUUCCGGGACUCAUGACUGUUGCUCUGUGACAAUGUACCCACGGUCAGUUUUCCCCAGUAACGGAACAAGCCACCCUGGAGUAGUUAAUAAUAACCGUGGGCUAACCGACCUGAGUUAGCCAGCAUCCAGCGUCAACGUUUCAAGCAGCUGACGGUGUUGGAGCAGCUAACCGGAUAGCCGUCAGCUAACUGGGCUAGCUAGGAUACCGUUGUUUUUUUUUUGUUUUUUAGCAUCAGCUGGAGAACUUUUCUAGCGACCAUGGCUAACGUUACAGACCUGCAAACAAAAUACAGCAAGCUGGCACAGGAGUAUUCAAAGCUCCGUGCUCAGAACCAGGUGUUGAAGAAGGCAGUUGUGGAUGAACAGGCCAAUUCUGUUUCAUUAAAGGAGCAGCUGAAGCAGAGGGACCAAAGCCUUAGGAAGCAGGAGCAGGAGAUGGACAGUCUCAGCUUCAGGAACCAGCAGCUGGCCAAGAGGGUGGAGCUGCUACAAGAGGAGCUCGCUGCUAGUGAAGCCAAGGGCAAAAAGGGGAAGAGCAAAGGAGACUCUCCCUCACAGCAUGGUUUACAGACCCAGAGUGUUUUUGACGAGGACCUGCAGAAAAAGAUAGAAGAAAAUGAACGACUUCACAUCCAAUUCUAUGAAGCAGAUGAGCAGCACAGGAGGCAGGAGGCUGAGCUGAGAACACGACUAGAGGAGCUGGAGAAAGAUGCUGAGCAGCAUCAGACUGUUGUGGAUGGACUCACCACGAAGUAUGUGGACACAAUUGAGCGGCUGCAGGGUGACAAAGCACGUUUAGAGGUGAAAUCACAAACGCUGGAGAGGGAAGCAAAAGAGUGUAGGAUGCGAACAGAAGAAUGUCAGCAGCAGUUGAGGCGAUGCCAGUCAGAGCUGAACAGACAGGUGAAACAAAGCAGCAGUGUUAUCCAGGAGAAAGUGCCCUUCAAUGACACCAAAUUUAGCGACUACAACAGCCUAAACGUGCCAUCACACAAUCGAAGGCACCAGCUUAAGGCCCGUGAUGUGGCUGGACAGGCCCUGAGCUUUAUCCAGGACCUGGUGGCUGCUCUGUUGAACUUCCACUCCUACACAGAGCAGAGAGUACACAUCUAUCCCCUGGAUUCCUCCAUUGAGCCCAUCUCUCCGCUUAACCAGAAGUUUUCUCAGUAUCUACAUGAAAAUGCAGCCUAUGUGCGCCCCCUGGAGGACAGCUUUCUGCAGUUAUACCAAAACAUCACAGAGGACACUGUCACAGUACUGGAGACUGUGGUCAAGCUGAAGAGUUUUGCUGAUAAUUUCUCCACGUACACACACUUUCUGCAAAAGAUUCUCCCCUACCAGCUGAAAAGCCUGGAAGAAGAGUGCGAGGCCCCUCUUUGUACUGCUGCCCUCACUGCGAAAAACAAGGAGUUGCAGAGUGACAUGAAGAGAGUAACAUCUGUGUUUGAGAAACUGCAGAACUACAUUAACCUUUUGGCCUUACCCAGUGUUCAGCAGGAUGCCAUGCCACAGAGCAGCACCUCAGCUGUCUUCACCCAGCUGGCUGCCUGCCUACACAGUCUUCAUGACACCAUUAAAGAGAUGUCAAAGCACUACAACCAGAAGGCUGGCAUUGAGCAGGAGCUCCCCACCGUCACCCAAAAGCUCUGUACCACCACAGAGUGCCUCCUGGGGUCUUUGGGUUCGCUUACCAGCAGCACCGGCAAGAUUGCCACUUUCUUCAGCAACAACUUGGACUUCUUCACAUCAUCGGGCUACAGUCCAAGAGGUUGUACAGUAGCACUCAAUCCCUUGCAAGCAGAGAGCAUGCUGGCCAACAAAAAGAAAGCAGCUGCCUAUAUCAGUGCUAUCAAAAAGGCCAGACCACAGUCUGUUCCAUACAGAGAAGCCCUGUCAAACCGUCGUAUUCUUACCAGCUCCACUGAGAGCAGAGAGGGUCUCACUCAGCAGGUGCAGCAGAGCCAAGAGAAGAUCGCUCGGCUGGAGCAGGAGAAAGAGCACUGGCUCCUGGAGGCCCAGCUGGGGAAGGUGCGGUUGGAAAAGGAAAACCAGCGCAUUGCGGACCUGGAAGCGCAGCUUGCAGCAGCUUUAGGAGGAAGUCCAAACUCACAAACAGCUGCAGCCAGCACACUCGCACAGAGCCAAGAGGAAGCAGAGACAGAGCUGAGAGCCACAGGGAAAGAGACGACGUUGUGCACCAGCCUGGUUGGCAUGUUGUGCACAACACCUACAGUGGAGCAUGUGGGAGAUGAGGAGUCCAGGGAGCAGCUGAUAAAGACUCACUACAUGGCCAGAGUGGGAGAGCUCACCACUCAGCUCCAGAUUUCUGAUAGCAAAGCUGUGCACUUUCACUCUGAGUGUCGAGCUUUGGCUAAGAGAUUAGCCAUUGCAGAAAAGUCACGGGAGACUCUGAGUGAUGAUGUCAAACUGGCUAAUCAAAACAUCACACGCUUGCAGGACGAGCUGGCUACGACAAAGAGGAGCUACGAAGACCAGCUUAGCAUGAUGAGCGACCAUCUGUGUAGUAUGAAUGAGACUUUGAGCAAGCAGAGAGAGGAAAUCGACACACUCAAACUGGGCAGCAAGGGAAAUGCCAAAAAGAACAAAGGUCGCUAGAGCUGCCUUUAAAACUCUGGCUCCAUUUGGCAUCACAAAGGGCACCUUGGGAGAAGAUCUGUGCUGUGGAGCCUCCCAGCAGCGUCGCGGUACCAACACUGUCACCAAACCACGGGACGGUUACAUGAGCCUCAGAUUCCUCCACUGCAAUGCAGUAUCAAUACAAAUGAACUGUUUGGAGGCUUAAACAUGUUUGACUGAAAAAAAGCUUUGUUUUUCCCCUUUUCUUUGUCACAGCACCAGUUAAAACAUAACACAAUUUGCUUAAAAAAAUGCUUUCUGAAACUGUACCAGAACUUGACCUUUGGGUCAAAACACAGCUGGAGAGAAACAGCUUUUCCCUCAAAAAAAAGGGGGGGAAAGGAAAAUAAACAGCUGAAACAGUUGAAGUUGGUAAUGCUCACUGAAGUCAAGACUUGAAGACCAAACCCUGUUAAUCAAUGUGUGUAGUUUUCCUGCUUAUUGUGUGUGUGUGUGUGAGUGAGAGAGAAAAUGAAGCUGUGCAUUCUUACUGCUUAUCUGUGGGAGUAGGCAAACAGAGUAAAUGUCGGUGCAGCUGUAUGUGUGCAGAGUGUUGUGUCAUUGUGUGACUACGGCACCAGGCUUUUAAAGAUGAGUAUUGUUUUACAAUUAAAUUGUUUUAGAUCCAGUUUGGGAUUAUUUGCGCAAGUCGUUCUAAGGACAAGUAUGUCUAACUAGAGCAAAAUGCCCCGUCUAACAAAUGCAUAUAUCACAAGCUUCUGUAAAGAAGGGCUUUUAAAAACCUGAAUGAACAACUAACAAAGAUGCACUUGAAUUCAUUCCUCACUUUGGGAAAAAAAAAAAGAAAAAAAAACUUUCAGUCCCCAGGGAGUGGAGAAAAGAAAAGGAAAGAUGUCUGCCUUCAAGCACUGAUUAACUGUGUUUACCUUGAUGGAAAUGGAUGGACAAGUUAGAGCUCGUGAAAUGGUGUCAGUCUGUCUCUGUAAAGUUACUCUGUAACACUAGUCAUUUUUAUCACCAAAGUAAGUGUGGCUGUGCACUCAGAGGCCCGGUGUGGCUCGACAGUCUCUAAAUUAAUGUUGUAAUAUGUAUGGAUGAAAAGGGUUAAUGUGAAUAUACACUCAUUUGAAAUCAUGAUGUAAUUGUACUGUAUAAUUUCUAAAAAGAAUAUAUAUAUAUAUACAAAAAAAGCAUUUAUUCAGAAGUUACAAAUCUUUAUUUUACACAAAUAUUGAAAACUGAAUCUGCAGUUAGUUUUUUUUGUGUGUCUCCUAUAAGGCUGGAUAACUGCGAAGUGUCAUAAAGGGAUUGGCCCACACUGUAACUGGUGCUUAGACAAUUCGUGAGUCAUUGCAGAGGGCAGUUAAAGUUUACAGUAAAAUAGAACCUCGCUGGCUUGUAGUGACAUGAGGUACACGAGAAACAAAAAAAAAAAAAAAAAGACCCAGCAGUGCUCAUGAGCAGUUCAUUCAAACCUCUUGUUUGCCAGUCUACAGCUGCCAGCAGACCUUUGAUCACAAGGAUUUGCCCACGCCCUCUAAAGUGAUCGCAAGAAGAAAAAAAAGAACAAAACUUGUAUUCUCACAAUGUAACCUGUUGAAAAGCACAUAUAAAUAUGUGAAACAAAUAAAGAGCUUGCUCAAAAUUUAAA